AUGACCAUCCUAUGUUGGAAUUGUCAGGGGUUUGGGCAUCCCCUGACAAGGAAAGCUCUGCGAGAGCUAAUAAAAGUUUACCAGCCCAAGAUGGUGUUUCUUUCGGAAACUAAACAAAGGACACCUUUUCUAGAACGGUGGAGAAACAGGUUUGAUUUCCAUUCUUCCUUUUAUGUUAUUCCAGAGGGAUCAUCUGGUGGUUUAGCUUUAUGGUGGAAGAAUGAUUUACCAGUCCAAAUUUUACAUUCAACAAAUAGAUGGAUUGACGUUUUGGUAGUAGAUGUUUCCCAUUGGCAUGUCUCAUUCGUUUAUGGUGACCCUGAGGUUCGAGGACGUUUUGCUUUUCUCAAUAACUUAAGGGACAUGCAACAAGAAAUUCCGUGGCUAAUUAUGGGUGAUUUCAACAUUUGCAAUUCCCCAGUGGAUAAAUGGGGGAAUAGAAGCAUAAAUUAUGCUAUUGCGAGAGCUUAUAACUCUUUUCUCUUUGAAAACGACAUGGAGGAAUUGCCUUUUAAAGGGAAGAGAUAUACAUGGUCAAAUAAGCAGCGAGGUCAGGCCUGUAUCAUGGAAAGGUUGGACAGGGCAAUGAUCAACACAGACUGGAGGAAUCAGUUUGGUCAAUGUCAACUCAUCCAUGAAAAGAUGAUAGCUUCAGAUCAUCGCCCGUUGAUUCUCAUUCUUCAGCCGAAAGUUAAAAAAGUGGGAAAGACUUUUGCUUUUGACAUAAAGUUUGGUAACUCAUCAAAGAGAAUACAGGAGCUAUCUCGUCAGCUUGACAAUAUUAACUCCAAUCCAUUCAAUGGAGAUCUAGAUGAAGUAAGGGAAAUCAAGCGUAAUCUGAAUGACCUAUGGCAGUUGGAGGAAAUGUAUUGGUUCCAGAAGUCAAGAGAAGCUUUGUCUUUCUUCCAAGAGUUGUAUUCUGCUAAACAUUUGAGGGUUUUCGAGGACAUACUGCAAUCUGUUCCACAAGUAGUUUCCUCAAGAGUUAACGAAAGCCUUUGUGCCCCCUUUAUGGAGGAGGAAAUAAAGCUAGCAGUGUUCUCUUUGGCCGCUUAUAAAGCCCCUGGCCCUGAUGGGUUCGAAGGUUUGUUUUUUCAAAAAUACUGGGACACGGUCAAAGUGGAAGUGGUAAGACUAGUGCAGGAUUUUUAUCAGAGUAGUGUUCUUCCUCGCCACCUGAAUGCCACUAAUAUUGUUAUCAUCCCGAAGAAUAACAACCCACAGUUUUUCUCUGACUACAGACCCAUUAGUCUUUGUAAUUAUGCUUACAAAAUUAUCUCAAAGGUCUUGGCAAAUCGCUUGAAACCCUGGUUAAGGGAUCUCAUAUCCCCAGCACAGUCAGCUUUUGUUCCCCACCGAAGUAUCCAGGACAAUAUAGGUAUUGCUCAUGAAGCUUUCCAUGGCUUAAAAUUAAGAAGAAAGGGAAGAAUAGGGAUCAUGGCAAUUAAAGCAGAUAUCCACAAGGCAUAUGACAGUGUGGAUUGGAAUUUUCUAGUGGCUGUCAUGCGUCAAAUGGGAUUUUGUGAGCAAUGGGUGAACUGGAUUUUUCAAUGUGUCUCAACGGUAGAAUACUCAGUGAUGAUUAAUGGAGAGCUUUCUCCACUUUUUCAGCCAUCUAGAGGGUUGCGCCAAGGUGACCCAAUAUCACCUUAUCUCUUCCUUAUGAUCUCAGAUGUUCUUUCAAGAUUUAUUGAGCAGGCCUUGAACCAAAACCAGAUUAAAGGGUACAAGAUCAAGAAGCACUGCCCUCCUAUCUCCCAUCUUCUUUUUGCUGAUGAUACAGUUUUGUUUGGGAUAGCUACAAUAGAGGAAGCAACUCGGUUAAAGCAGAUUCUGGACACUUACAGUCUAGCAUCGGGGCAAAAAAUUAAUGCAUCAAAGUCCGACAUUAUGUUUAGCCACAAUACAGAGCCACACAUUCAGCAUCAGAUAGGCCAGAUUUUGGGUUUUCAAAACUCGGGUGCCUUCUCUAAAUAUUUAUGGCUUCCAACCUCAUGGGGAAGAUCAAAAAGCCAUGCAUUAGCUUUUCUCAAAGACCGAAUUAGCAGUAAACUCCAAGGGUGGAAGAGCAAAUUUCUUUCACAAGCAGGGAAAGAAGUGUUGAUAAAGGCAGUAGUUCAGGCUAUCCCAAAUUUCAUUAUGCAAGUCUUCAAGCUUCCCUUGAGUAUAAUUCGAGAGCUUCAUCAGUUGGCAGCGAGAUUUUGGUGGAGGCACUCAGUUGAUAAAUCCAAUUUUCAUUGGAUUAAGUGGAAGAAUCUUACUAAGAGUAAAUCAGAGGGAGAAUUCAUAAUUCGAAGUCAACAACCUCCUGAUAGCCUAGUUCUUUAUGUAGCAGACUUAAUUAAUGCAAGCACAAAACAGUGGGACCUGCCCAUCAUAUAUGCAUCCUUUACUCCAGAAGAGUGUGCAGCAAUCAGGAAAAUUCCCUUGUGUCAACAGCCUCUUGACCCUAAAAGGAUUUGGCAUUUCUCGAAGAAUGGAGAAUUGACGGUCAAGUCAGUGUACUUCCAGCUACAAAGUUUUAGUAGAUUAAGGAAUCAAUAUGAUCCAUCAACAUCUAGAUCUCCCCCUCCUUCAUUCUGGAAGAUGGUAUGGUCCAUCCCGGUCCCCCCAAAGGUCAGGAAUUUUAUUUGGCGGGCUUGUACUAAUUCCUUAGCAACCAGAGUAAAUUUGUAUGCUCGUGGCAGUGCUUCAUCUCCUCUUUGCCCCUUAUGUCAUCAAACAGCUGAAUCUGUAGAACACUUGAUUUUCUUAUGCCCUCAUGCAGCUGCAACUUGGUUUGGCUCAAGACUGGGGUUUAGUCCAAAUGCUAAUGGUUUUGAGUCUUUUUGGUUAUGGUUGCAAUAUCUCCAGAAAAUGGCCAAUCAUCCAGAUCAAAUGGAACUAAGGUUAGCUUGUCUUCUUAGCUGGUAUAUUUGGAAAGCAAGAAAUAAGGCUAUUUUUGAAGACAUUGUUCCAGAACCAGAGAAGACCUUUAAAAGGGCUCAAGAUGAAGUUGAGGAGUUGUGCUUUAUAACAGUUCCACAAAGGCAUUCUUUGGCUAUGCCUCAGAUCAUUCUCCAAAGCAGCCCAAUAGUGUGGACACCUCCCCCUAUUGGGGAAGUCAAACUGAAUGUAGAUGCAUCUUUUGAUAACAUCUCUUUUGAAACAGGUAUGGGGGUAUUAGCUCGAAAUGCUGAAGGAGAGUUUAUAGACGGAUCCGCGUCAGUUUCCUUCAGCCUAUCUGCUUUAGCGGCGGAAGGAUGGGCAAUCAAGAAAGCAGUGGAUUUUGCUAUUAGUAAGGGUUGGACUUCUUGUGUUAUAGAAUCAGAUGCCCUUCAGUUUGUUCAGGCUGUUUUAUCUCCUCAAGAGUCCCCUCCAUGGGAAAUUGAGGCUAUCAUUCGUGAUGUGCGAUGUAUUUUAUCAAACUAUCCUUUGAUCAAAAUUGCUCAUGUUAAAAGAUCAGCUAAUAGAUGCGCAAAUUGGAUAGCUAAUUCAGUGAGAAGGGGCAAGCUUUUUCCAGCUUGGAGUUCCAACAUCCCCAGCCAAUUAAUGCAUCUAUUAGCUGAGGAUAGAAUGUUCCCGGUCAUUUCUUGA